AAUUAUUGACAUCUGGACCGGCGGGUUGGUUGCUGCUACUGUCUUGUGUAGGCCGUUUGGAUUCAGCGCACAAAGAGGAGACCACGAGAUAACUGCGAGAUAAACAAUCCGUUUAUGCGCGGAGUACUCAACUCACUCACACUGUAGGCGUUGGACAACUGAACGAACGGACACCGGUCUCGGGCAGCCUACUUACACAAACAUCGGGCACGGAGCGGACCGAGAGGAGCCUCCAUGCCAUGCCGUCGUCGUCAUUAAUUCGUCAAUCCAUCAACAACGAUUCGUACCUGUCUUGAGCGAAUUAGUCGUCUUGGAGAAGCCGGAGAGGAAAUAACGACCGAGUAAUACACUUACUCUCUGCGCGGUAGUUGGAGCUGACUAGAAGGCUACCUAUAAGACGUUUAGGUUUAGAGCCACUCUGGUUAGUCGGUUUUUGCACUCGGGAUAGUGGAGAGUGGUUAUUACGAUCGCGUUGCGUGUGUUAUCGGUCGAUCCUUGGAAGGGGUUUAUCUGAUCAAGUGAAGGUGCAUAACCAGAGAUUGGAGGAGUCGCAGAACAAAGAAUAGCACAUCCUCGGAAGCAUUUUAGCGUGUUUGUGUAGUGAAAGCAUUGUCCAAAUUAAGGUGAAAAGUGCAUCAUUAGAAAUGGAGGUCAACAGCACAGCAGUCGAGAACCUAUUGAGGAUUGGACGGGCCGACGACGAUCAUGACCAUGAUGAAGAUGAAAACGGCGAUAUUGUGGCCGCCAAGGCGACUGCCAUGGUUGUUUUGUUCUCGGUGAGCAUGAUUUGCGGAAUUGUGCCGUUCAAAUUGGCGAAAUGGUUCAAAUGGACGGACAGUGCCUCCGACGCAAAAGCCAGCCUCGUGGUCUCCAUUCUGUUGUCGUUUGGAGGAGGAGCACUGCUGUGUACUACUUUCCAACAUCUAAUACCGGAGAUCAACGAGGCCAUCCACGACCUCACCGAGCAGGGACUAAUGCCUGAGCUGAGCUUUAGUUUGGGAGAAUUUUUAAUGUGUGCUGGUUUCUUCAUCAUCUACUUGGUUGAAGAAUUGGUGCACCUAUAUCUGCACAGGCAUGAGCGCAAAAUGCAGGAAGCCAAAAUGAAUGAGCUGGAAGUCGCCGGUGGCGCUAUUAUGCGAGGUACACAUGCGAGGGAGAGCAUUAUUAUGCGAAAGAAAAACACUGAAAACCGCAAUGGAAGUAUUUCCACCGCAGAUCUAAUCUCGAACGAUUUGGAAAACCAGAAGCGGGGAAUUUCUGUGGCUUCGAACAACAUGUCCGUUGCCCAUUCGGGGCAUCCCCAUGACCACCACGUGCAUCACCACAUCCCACCGCCUGAGAUGGACGGAAAGAUUGUCUCAUCCAUUCGUGGUCUGCUGAUUGUAUUGGCUCUGUCGGUGCACGAGCUGUUCGAGGGACUGGCAGUGGGCCUGGAAGGAUCGGCCGCAACUGUCUGGUACAUGUUCGGGGCAGUGGCAGCCCACAAGUAUGUGAUAGCCUUCUGCGUGGGAGUGGAACUGAUUGUUGCCCGUACCAAGUUCUGGCUGGCGGUGGCCUACAUCUUCACAUACUCGGUAGUCAGUCCACUCGGCAUGGCGAUCGGAAUCCUCCUCAGCAACGGUUCCAACGCGGACGACAUGCAAGUCGUAUCCGUCGUGCUGCAGGGUCUGGCCUCCGGAACGUUGCUGUACGUUAUUUUCUUCGAAGUGCUCUCCAAGGACCGGUCGGGCCUGUGGCAGUAUCUGGCUGUAUUUUGCGGAUUCUUCUUCAUGUUCGGCAUCAAGUUCCUGACUGGUGGGCACAGCCACAGCCACGGUGUGACGGGAGACGACCAUGACCACGACCACGAUCAUGACCAUGAUCACCACUAGCGGGUCCGUCGUCCAGCGGCCUUGAGUCCGAGGAGAAGCUUAUCGUCACCCCCGUUCGCUGUUAUCAAGCGAACACGUGAAUGUAGGCGGCAGGAGAUCGAAGUGACGGAGGAUUGUAACAACAAUUGUUGGCGAACAAAUGAAAAAAAAAAACAAUAUGAACAGUAUUUGAUUGAGGUGAGCCGGCGUCCGAAACUCUUUGCAGCUGUGAUAGUGUGAAAACAAGUUUUAAUCUUACACAAGAGAAUAGAAGCUUCUUAUACGAUUCGAUAGGAUAUUUAAGAAACCAUAGAUAGAUAGCAAGUUUUAUAAUGAACAUCGGUUUUAGUACAAACCGCUGGAUGCUUGAGGAUGUGAUUCAAUGAUACAUAUGUUGAAAAACAGAAAGAUUUUAGCCGAUCUUUACAAUUAACAAGACUUGAAUUGUAUCUGUGUACCGUAAUAGCAUUUGCUUAUUAUUUUAAUGUCAGAGUGUAAUAAUAAUUUUAGUUUUAAUGUGUA